GAGUCGUCUGCGCGGCUGUGGGAAAGCAGAGCCGAGCCGGGACUGUCCAAGGGGAGCAGGCGCCCCGGCCAGCGCAGACCCGGAGGCGCACGGGCGCCGCACCGCACGGUUCGGCGCGGGGCAGUGCGGAGCCACAGCCCCACGCGCAGCACAGGACUCACUCGCCACCGCCGCCUCCGCAGCACCCAUGGGGACCAGGAGACUUUAAAGGAGUUUGGGGUUUCGGGAGCAGGGAAAUCACGGAUCCCCGCUCCUGGCCCUCGCCUCGCCGCCUCAUUGAUGGGCAACCAACUGGACCGCAUCACCCACCUCAACUACAGCGAGUUGCCCACAGGGGACCCGUCGGGGAUUGAGAAGGACGAACUGCGGGUCGGGGUCGCCUACUUCUUCUCGGAUGAUGAGGAAGACCUGGACGAACGCGGGCAGCCCGACAAGUUUGGCGUGAAGGCCCCCCCGGGUUGUACCCCCUGCCCGGAGAGCCCCAGCCGCCACCACCACCACCUGCUGCACCAGCUGCUCCUUAACGAGACUCAGUUUUCCGCCUUUCGGGGCCAGGAAUGCAUCUUUUCCAAAGUGAGCGGCGGCCCGCAGGGCGCGGACCUGAGCGUCUACGCGGUAACCGCGCUGCCCGCGCUCUGCGAACCAGGCGACCUGCUGGAGCUGCUGUGGCUGCAGCCCGCGCCGGAGCCGCCCGCGCCCGCCCCGCACUGGGCCGUCUACGUGGGCGGCGGGCAGAUCAUCCACCUGCACCAAGGCGAGAUCCGCCAGGACAGCCUGUACGAGGCGGGCGCGGCCAACGUGGGCCGGGUGGUGAAUAGCUGGUACCGCUACCGCCCGCUGGUGGCAGAGCUGGUGGUGCAGAACGCCUGCGGCCACCUGGGCCUCAAGAGCGAGGAGAUCUGCUGGACGAACUCGGAGAGCUUCGCCGCCUGGUGCCGCUUCGGCAAGCGGGAAUUCAAGGCGGGAGGGGAGGUGCCGGCCGCCGCGCAGCCCCCGCAGCAGCAGUACUAUCUCAAAGUGCACCUGGGGGAGAACAAGGUCCACACCGCCAGGUUUCACAGCCUGGAGGACCUCAUCCGCGAGAAGCGCCGCAUCGACGCCAGCGGCCGCCUGCGCGUGCUCCAAGAGCUCGCCGACCUCGUGGACGACAAGGAGUAGCCACCGAGGGGCUGCCGGCCCCGCCGCCUCCCCGCGUCCCGCACCCGUCCCGUCCCCGCACCCGGACUUCGCGGCCGGCGGUUUUCAACACCAGUCCCCUCGCGCGCCCGCCGCCGGUGGCCUAGGCCCGGGCUGCACCUCCGCACCCCCCCGCCCCCGGCCGGCGGCAGGAAGUCUCAGGAUCUGCCCCGGGGCCGAAAGGGCGCAGCUGAGAGGGUGGUGACGGUGCUGAGACCUGGCGUGCGCUUUCUCCUUAAGAUGUGAACCGGGAAAGGGGAAGGGGCUGAGGGGAAAAAGGAACGUGACCUCCCCCGCGAGUCCAUGGUCAGUGACUGUGACCCGACCGGGAAACGACCCUCUUCUCAGAAGCCAUCAUCAUCGCCCCGAGCGCGCGCGCACAGACCGGUCGGAGGCAAAAAUUGGUCUUUUCAGGGCACAGUUCAGCUCCCCUGUGGAUGCGUCCCCAGAUGGCAGGAUUUCCAGGAAAUCGAGACUGUCCCUCGUGCACUUGGGAAUAAUAAUUCCCCAAGACAACACUUGGGGAUUCCGGGUUGUCCUGAGGCUGCCCGGGACUUCUCCAGCUCUCCAGCCCCAGGUCUCCUGACAUUGUGUUCCAGGCUGCGGGCUAAACCAGACAGUGUUCGCCUCCCGUUCUUUCCACCGAGGGAAGCGAACGCCACCCCUACCCGCCUUUGCCCGCGAGUCUCCCUCGCUGGCCGAAGGGAAGCCGGCCAGGUCCCGGGAGGAAGAUGGCGCAGCGAAUUCGAUGAGGACGGCCGGCCCCGCCCCCGACCAGGAGCUCGCUCGUUCACCUGGUGUCUGGGAACUUGAAUGUGUGAUGGGCGCUUAUUGUUCUGAACCCUUGAUUGCUCCCUCCUCGGGCUGCAUUUCAAAAAUAGUCAUAUUUUUAAAGGAGUUGGAGGAGAGGGAGGGGGAGGACAUGGCACCGUUCCAGAAACCAGCAUUAUUACAACACCAUAGCCAGUAUAUUUAGUUUGGCUUUUCCUAACAUAGAAAUCUUUGAAGGUGGGGGAGUGGGAAUAAAGUUUAAAAAAUGAGAGAGCAGUUUUCCAACUAUGUCAACAAAGCCUAUCGUGUUGAUGUUUUUAUUGACCAUUUUAGCAACAUGCUAAUACAAUUUCAAAUUGAAAUUUUUAUUUUCAUGGCUUUAAUCCAUGAUAGUUUAAAUCCUGGGGCCAUGAAGAGUGGGUGUAGCUAAGAGCUUAGCUAACAUUGCCUUUUCCCUCUAUUUUUCUCAAGUAUUAGAAGAAUUCUGUUUUUGACUAUUGUAGUUAGCUUUUUGGCUUUAAACAGCAGCCCUAGUAAUGGUGGAGUUGUUAAUGAAUGUGUAUAUUGUACUGAAUUUCUGUCAGUUAAGGGGUUCACUGCUUUGGUGGAAAUUGCUAGCAGGUUCCAUGAUGUUUCUUUUCUCCAUGUUGUACCUCAUUACCAUUUCACAUUUGCAUUUCUAUUUUUCUUCUUCUCCUCCUGAUCUCCUUAAAACUGAAUCUAGAGUUGGUGGCUUUUCCCCCUCCUCUUUAGCCAGUUCCACAGUUCAGUUCUUGCUGAAAACAGGGAAGAACGAGUAGGAUCAGGACAAAUGUGUGUUUUUCAAAAACUGAAGGCUGGGUGUGAAACCCCUUCCUUGGACAAGGUUUAUAAACGUCUCUCCUCCUGCUGCAGCCCCAGCCUAACUGAUAGUUACUUGAUUCAAUGUGUUAGACACUUAUAGCAUUUAGGUCUCUUUCAAGGGAAUUUGUCAAAUAAUGCUGUUUAGCUCAUUGUUGCAAGCAAUUGCACAUUAACAGCUGUGAUUGGGUUGGACAGAAAGUAUCACGACCAAAGCCAGUUUCUUGGCAUUUCAAAAAUAAUGCAAUAAAAACUAGUUGAGGUUAGCUGAGACUGGAAAUGCCUUUUUCAUGGUAAAUGAUUCACUUCUUUUUCUUUCUUUCUUUCUUUUUUUCUUUGGUUUUCAUCCUGGAUUCAUUCCCUGAUCUUAAAUCAAAAGGUCAGAUCAAUGAAAUAUGAACUAAAGUAUUUUUCUUAAGCCUAUUGAGUGAUUUAUUUUUUAAAAAAUGUUUAAAUGCAUAUGCUUUUCUUUUAGCACAACAGCAAAACUUUUGUAAUAACUAACUUACCCUUGCAUGCAUAAAUAACUGAAAGUCAUUUAUUUCCCUAACUUAUUCCUCUUUGAAAUAACAGGUGGCAGAUCAUAAAACGAAAUUCUUUAUUGUAUCUACACACUCCACGUUCCUUACUGUGUCCUACUACUGUACCUUGGCUCCCUGCUGUAUUAAACACCAUCUUAAGCA